CUCUUGCGAGCCUUCUUUUCGUUAUAGUCAAGCAAGCAAUUUCGUGAGUCUCCCCUCGGAUUCUCACGAACGCCAUGUCUAAGGGGGUUCUCUGUAAAUUUUUUGCCCAUGGCGCAUGCUUGAAAGGGGAGCAUUGUGAGUUUGCGCAUGAUUGGAAGGCCCCAUCAAACAAUAUAUGUAGCUUCUAUCAGAAGGGGAUUUGCACGUAUGGCAGUCGAUGCAGAUAUGAACACGUUAAAGUAUGUCGUUCUUCAUCAGAUAGUCCUCUCCCCAUCGAGCUUCCUUACGGAGGUGCAGUCUCCACCGCAGCUUCCACACCUCCGCCCGUGUUAGGACAUGAUGACAUGCUAACCGAUGAUAAUCAUGUUAUAUGUUCUUUCUCCGGUGUUGGUGACUGCCCGCGAGGGGAGGACUGCCCCCACAUCCAUGGGGACCUAUGUCCGAUCUGUGACAAACGAUGCCUGCAUCCCUUUAGGCCUCAAGAGAGGGAAGAGCACAUGAAGUCGUGUGAGAAGAGGCGUAAACAUAUGGAGGCGCUAAGAUGCAGUCAAGAAAUAGAGUGUAGUGUGUGUCUUGAGGCUGUCCUCUCAAAGCCUACAUCCGCGGAAAGGAAAUUCGGGAUUCUGUCUGAGUGUGACCAUUCGUUCUGCAUUUCGUGUAUUAGAAACUGGCGUAGUAGCUCUUCGACUUCUGGGAUUCAUCUUAACUCUGCUGUGAGAGCCUGCCCUCUGUGUCGGAGGCUCUCGUACUUUGUCAUCCCCAGCGUCGUUUGGUACUCCUCGAGCGAGGAGAAACAAGAAAUCGUUCAGAGCUAUAAGACGAAACUGAGAUCUAUUGACUGCAAGCACUUUGACUUUGGGAAUGGAACAUGUCCAUUUGGGACAAGCUGCUUCUACAGGCAUGCAUUUCACGAUGGUCGUCUUGAGGAAGUUGUUGUACGCCAUGUUGGUGGUGAUGAUGGAGAUGCUGUCGUUGCCAAAGACAUAAGGAUACCCGACUUCCUUAACUUGCAGAUAAGAUGAUUAAACAAUUUUGAUUUCUACUAAUUCUUCCAGCAGGGAAUUCGGUGGGAUAGGAUACUCUUGCGUGCUAUUCAACUAACUUUUCGACAAUUUUCUUUGGCUAAAUACAGCUAUUAUUUCAGUUGAUGUGAGCACUGAUUCCAUGAUUUGAAGCCUGCCAUUCCUAAAUAUACAGAUAGUUCUGUUGGACUAUAUUGAAAAGUGAAAAUGUAAACAAUAUCAAGAGUGAGGUUUUUUGGUUUUUUGAGCUUUGUUCUGUCUGGAAAAAAAAAGGAAAAAAGAAAAAAAAAAAGUUGUUUUGAUGAUGCUAUACUUGAGAAAGUGGGCUUACCUGGGAUGGUUGUGCAUUGUAUUUUUCUAGUAGUUUUGAAACAUGUAUGUAUGUACCACCCAUUUUGGUAGCUCUUGUAAUAGCUUGUUUUUUUGAAACUGAUGUUGAAUUAUGCUGAUUUUGAGCAUUAGUAAUUAGCACAGCAGUUUAAAAUA